UAUAAAGAUUUCACGCGCGUGGAAUCAUCGUGAUAAUAAAUACGUUGACCGUAUAAGCAUACGGCACGAUAUACACCUCUCUCGUAUAUGUAUUUGUAUUAUCACUGUGUUCGUUCGUCCUUUUUCUCAGCAAAAUCUUUGAAACAGUGAAACUCUCUAUCUUCAUCACUCUCUCUCUUCUGUACUUUCCUCGUGUGCUCUCUCUCUCAUACAAACAUUUCACGAACUUCAUUACUUCAACAACACACAGAUUCUAUCUCUCUCUCUCACACUGUUUUCAUUUUCUCUUUUUGGAGCAGUCAUUGUUUCAUUUUCGCAAGGCGGCGAGUAUUAGCAUAUAUUUAGUAGGUAACUCUGAUGGCUGAGACUCGCCGGCGACGAUGAAGUAUUCCGGCAAGGCGACUUUCCCGGCGGGCAUUUCUUCGAGGGGCGUGAGCAACCCUUCGCCGGACUGGGAUCUUGAACCGGCGCGACCUUUCCAGCGGCGGAAACCGAGAACUCCGGGGACACGGUUGAGGAGACACGGUGGAAAACGGAGCAGACCUGAAACCCCUCUGUUGAAGUGGAAGAUCCAUGAGGAUCCACUCGAAGAGGACCAGAAGUCUUCUUUGUCGGGGUCUCGUCGGAGAACGUGCCGGAGCGCCAAAAAGCAAACGGAGGUUUCCGUGUCGGCGCGGAGACUAGCCGCCGGGCUUUGGCGGUUGCAUCUGCCGGAGACUGUCUCGGGUGAUGGCCGGAAGGGGUUGGAACAUAAGCAUGGAAAUGUCCACGCAAGGCACCGGUUCCUUGGUCAUCCAAAUGGCAUGAUCCAUGAAUUCGAUCUGAAGAAGAAUCCAUUGCAAAGUCCCCGUUCCAUAUUUAGGGCAAAGAAUGGACACUUCUGUGAGCCUGAACCUUUCCAGUUUUCCAACACUGAAAGGGAGGGUGCAACAAAAUGGGAUCCUCUAUGUUUAAAAACGUCAGAUGAAGAGGCACAUCAUAUCUACAGACACAUGAAACUUCUUGACCAAAAGGCAAGUGCAGUAUCUAUGGUAUCUGCCCUCGGAGCUGAACUAGAGCAGGCUCGGGCACGAAUUCAGGAGCUUGAGACUGAGCAUCGAUCCUCCAAAAAGAAGCUUGAACAUUUCCUGAAGAAUGUCAGUGAGGAAAGGGCGCAAUGGAGGAGCAGAGAGCAUGAGAAAAUCCAUGCAUACAUCGAUGACAUUAAAUCAGAGUUGAGUAGAGAAAGAAAAAAUCGCCAGCGGAUUGAAAUUGUCAAUUCAAGGUUGGUAAAUGAGUUGGCCGAUGCCAAACUCUCUGCAAAGCGCUACAUGCAAGAUUAUGACAAGGAAAGGAAGGCCAGAGAAUUGAUUGAGGAAGUAUGUGAUGAGCUUGCCAAGGAAAUUGGAGAAGACAAGGCUGAAGUUGAAGCAUUGAAGAGGGAAUCUAUGAAACAUAGGGAAGAAGUGGAAGAAGAGAGGAAGAUGUUACAGAUGGCGGAAGUAUGGCGUGAAGAACGUGUUCAAAUGAAGUUGAUAGAUGCAAAAGUUGCUCUUGAAGAGAAGUAUUCACAGAUGAAUAAACUUGUUUCAGAUUUGGAAAGUUUUAUCAAAUCAAGAAGUGCAGAUCCGAUAACAACAGAGCUGAGAGAGGCACAGUCUCUUCAGCAGGCUGCAGCUGCGAUGAACAUUCAAGACAUCAAGGGAUUUUCAUACGAACCCCCAAACUCUGAUGACAUUUUUGCUAUUUUUGAAGAAGCAAAUUUUGGUGAAACAAAUGAGAGGGAGAUUGAACCACGUGCUUCUCACAGUUCUACUAGUCAUGCCUCGAAUAUUCACAUUGUGAGUCCUGAAGCCAAUGCAAUAACUAAGGAUGGCAUUCAGAGGCGUUCUGAUGUAUUUGUGGAUGAUAACGGGGAUCUAGAUGGAGAUGAAAGUGGAUGGGAAACUGUGAGCCAUGUUGACGAUCAAGGCUCGAGUUAUUCACCAGAAGGGAGUACCCUAUCUUUGAACAGGAAUCAUCGAGAGAGUAAUGUCUCAGGGAGAAGUGUACUUGAAUGGGAAGAAACUGCUGGUGAGGAGACACCAAUAACUGAAAUAAGUGAAGUGUGCUCUAUACCUACUAAGCAGUCAAAGAAGGUAUCAUCCAUAACAAAGCUUUGGAGGUCAUACCCAAACAACGGGGAUAAUUACAAGAUAAUCUCUCUAGAGGAAAUGAAUGGAAAGCUUUCAAAUGGAAGGUUAUCUAAUGGGGUCAUAAUGUCCCCUGAUCAUGGAUCAGGUAAAGGUGGAUUGAGCCCCCAAGACCUUCUAUACCAGUUGAGUCCUGAGUCGGGAAGUCCACAUGCACAUAAAGGUGGUAUGAAAGGAUGCAUUCCUCGCGGUGCACAGAAGAAUAGUUUGAAAGCCAGACUUUUGGAGGCUAGAAUGGAAAGCCAGAAGGUUCAGUUGCGCCAUGUUCUUAAACAGAAGAUUUAGUUAAGGGCAUCGGCAUUGCACAGAUUGGCAACCUGGAUAACUGAUAAAUGAUUGUGAAGGUACAUAUAUAUGCUGCUCACGGAAAAUCUGCUCAAAAGUGCUGAGGGGUCAUGAAUAGUUGCAAUUUUCUGCCUCGUAUUAGUUCUUAUUUCAGUUCUUCAUCAUUCAUAUUAAGCUUUAAGCAGAUACCCUUUUCACCCUCUUGUACCAAAUGCCUCAUACCCUGAGAUAUCUGGGCAAAACCUUCACUCUGUAAUAUGGGAUUACUAGCCUUACUUCUUUAGGUAGGGUCUUGAGAAAAAUUAUGAGAAACAUGUAAGCUUGUUUUGUACUUGUAUCAAUUCUAGUCAGAGGACAAAUGUGAAGGGAAAAAACAUUGUCAUAAAGUAUAGAUGAUAGUAUUAUUUACUUCAGAUUUUUAUUUUCUAUCA